AUGAGCUCCCCACGUCUUCUUGUAUCACCUUGGCCGAGUAGGGCGAUUUAUGUUUUGCUGGUUUCCUGCCUCUUGCUGGGCAGCCUUCCCGCUGUAUUUGCGGCACCGAAUAGCCCUCCCAAGAGCACUUGUGUUCAGGUUGUUCAAGAGCCAGCUCACCCUCCAAAGGCCCCUUGUGUUAAGGAACCCCCGGUCGUUGUUCAACAGCCAGCCACCCCCCCAAAAAAGACCACUUGUGUUAAAAAACCGCCGAAGGUCGUUCCAGAGCCAGCUAUCCCUCCAAAGGCCCCUUGUGUUAAGGAACCCCCGAACAGUGUUCAAAAGCCAGGCAUCCCUCCAAACACCACUUGUGUUAAAGAUCCCCCCAAGGUUAUUCAAAAGCCAGUUGUCAAUCUGCCAGGUUCUUCAUCAAAUACAUCUCACAGCGAAUCUGGUUUCAGAUCAGUUGCAUACUUUGUCAACUGGGGCAUCUAUGGGCGAAAGUACACGCCAAAUGACUUGCCGGUUGAGAAACUAACUCACAUCCUCUAUGCAUUCGCCAAUGUGAACCCGAAUUCAGGAAAGGUGAACCUGACUGACCCUUGGUCUGAUGUCGAGCAACGCUAUCCUACUGAUUCUUGGAACGACAAAGGAACCAACCUGUACGGAUGUACCAAGCAAAUGUACUUGCUCAAGAAGCGCAAUAGGCACUUGAAGGUUCUCUUGUCGAUUGGCGGCUGGACAUACUCCCCUAAUUUUCCUAAGGCCGUCAGUACGGAAGCCGGGCGUAAGAACUUUGCCGAAACUGCUGUACAACUGAUGUUGGACACGGGCAUGGACGGCCUCGACAUUGACUGGGAGUAUCCGAAGAACGAUGAGGAGGCUCAGAAUUUUGUCCGCCUGCUAGAGGCAGUUCAAGCAAAAUUUAAGACCAUCGCUGGAAAUCGAAAGUUCCUUCUUACUAUUGCUACUUCCGCUGGGCCUGAUAAAUUAAAGAUACUGCGCCUCAAGGAGAUGGACCAGUAUCUUGACUUUAUUAACCUCAUGGCGUACGAUUACAGUGGUCCUUGGGAUUCGAUAGCCGGUCACCAGGCAAACAUUAGACCGUCUAAAAACCUCACAGCUUCAACUCCAUUUUCCACCGAAGCUGCUCUGAAUUAUUACAUCAACACUGCCGGUAUUCGUGCUUCAAAAUUAGUCGUUGGAAUACCGCUUUAUGGCCGUGCUUUUACCAAUACCGAUGGACCCGGAACACCUUUCAAAGGCGUAGGGGAGGGAAGCUGGGAGAAAGGAAUUUGGGAUUAUAAGGUUCUCCCGCAAAAUGGCUCGCAGGUGUUCCGAUCAUCAAUUUUCGAAGGCGGAAUAGGUGCAUCGUGGAGUUACGAUUCUGCGAAAAAACUCUUCAUUUCCUUUGAUACCGUUGAAAUGGUGGCAGAAAAGACCCAAUUCAUUUUCGACAAACAACUGGGCGGCGCCAUGUGGUGGGAAGCUAGUGGAGAUCGAGGUGGGAGAAACGCAACGAUGUCUGGAGGAAGCCUGAUGGCUACCUUUUAUGAAAAUAUUCGCAAGCUCUCGAGAAAUGGAAUGGAAAAGACGCCGAACGUGCUAGACUACCCAGAGAGUAAGUACGAUAAUAUGAAGUCCGGGAUGAGCAACUAA